AUGUCUGUCGGACAUGAAAGUGCUGUGCCCGCGCCACACCUUUCACAAAUAAGAUCAACUUCGUGGCCAUCUCCUUAUAGUCCUCACGACUACCCCACGUUCUACUCCACACCGAUGCCCGUAUCUCCCGAAUCCCUACAGUCCUACAUGCCACAUACGUCUAAGAGCCCGAUACCCUUACAAGACAUGAGCACUCUACCGACAUCCGGCUGGUACGGCGCCGCGACUUCUGCCACAGAGUGCCACAUAGAGUCAGGCUAUAAUUUAUAUGAUCAAUACAUACCUCCACACACAUCUUCCAUUACGCUGUCUCCACCCACGCCUACUUCAUCAUAUGUGGGAAAGCUCUCGGUACCACUCGCGCGAAUGAACUCUUCACUGGCGGCGUUUUCUCCAGCCUCCGUCUACUCGCGAGACUCUGUUGUACCUGAGUCCAGGCGGCCAUCGGAGGAGCCACAAUCAGAUCCAAACUGCAUGAGAGAAAAGUCAUCGACAAGUCUGAACAUAGGUUCACACCCCAUCGAUCGUCCUCAUAGCAGUCCAAACCUAUUGCAACCCGUACCUGUCGCAGCUUCAUGGACCUCAAGCCCUUUCGGGAUACACACACCCACCAUGCAACACGAUUCUUACUACCCGACGUUUCCUUCUUUGAUUCGCAAUCCACGCUUGAGCGAGCCCCUUUUGGAACUUCCGUCAAACCAUCUCGCUUCACCGCAACCACGACGUCUAUGGACUCCAAUCGCACCUCAACCCAUGGAAGCCCCAAGAUCGAGUACAAUCAAGAGGCAUCGGGAGGAAGAUGGAGAGGUUGUAGAUGAGUCAAAGCGAAAGAAACGAUCGGACUCCACUGGCUCCCAGCAAUUAGAACUCAGCGAAGAAGACAAGCUACUCUUGCAACUCAAAGAAGAAGAUGGAAUGCCAUGGAAAGAUAUCGCAGCUCGGUUCCAGUCCGAGCUAGGAAAAACAUACCAGAUCCCGGCGCUGCAGAUGCGUCUCAAACGUCUACGGGAAAGGAUGCGAGUGUGGACCGAAGUGGAUGUCGAGGCUCUUCGCAUGGCGACUGAAUAUUGGGCACAACACAAAUUCGAAAUCAUUGCGCAAAAGAUGCUCGAAUUUGGCGCGCAGGAAAAAUGGACGCCUCGACAGUGUGUGCGUAAAUGGAUGGAGAUCGAUCCUUCGCCAGAUACAUACGACCACUACAAACCCCAACUACAUCACGGAUACACUCCGAGUCCUGCCGAACACCCACCUUCUUUUUUGCCCUAUAUGCACCUUCAAUAG